GAGCAUGGCUAGCCGUGAAGCCGUACGUCGGACGGUGCAAUCCGUUCGGCCCAUCCUGUCCGUCGACCGGGAGGAAGCGCGUAAACGUGUCCUCAACCUCUACAAGGCAUGGUAUCGCCAAAUUCCGUACAUUGUGAUGGACUACGAUAUCCCGAAGUCGGUCGAACAGUGCCGGGAAAAGCUGCGGGAAGAGUUCCUCAAGCACAGGAACGUCACCGAUAUUCGCGUGAUCGAUAUGCUCGUCAUCAAGGGACAGAUGGAGCUGAAGGAGUCGGUUGAAAUCUGGAAGCAGAAAGCACACAUCAUGCGCUACUGGAAGGAGAGCCAGGAACCGAAACCCACGGACUUCCUGUCCAAAUUCUUGUCCGGUCAAAAUUAAACAGUC